UAAUGCACCCACCUUCUCAGCUCUAAAUGCUCUUGUAGGGUCUCUCUCUCUCUCUCUCUCUCUCACUGUGUGUUCUUAGGAUACAAAGAAAUUUCUCCUCACACCAUCUCUGUCCUCUCAUUCUCUUUCACAUCUCUCUGCACAACAUGGAAACCCCGGAUUUUCUGCGCAACAAGACACAACCACAUACUCUCACACCAUGCACCGCCGGAGGAAGAACCGCCAGUCCCGACCCCAACUCGCCCGAGUUUGAGUUCUGGAGAGUCCGAAACCCUUCUCUUCCUCCUCCCAAUCUCCUAUCCGCCGACGAGCUUUUCUUCCACGGCGUCCUCCUCCCUCUCCACCUCCUCCCCCACCGUCCUCCUGAACCCCCCGACCCGGACCCGCAAAACCCCGACCUCUCCAACUCGGUCGGUCCGGGCCCAGAACCCGAGUCUGGCCUCAGUCCAAACUUAUCCUCCGAGCCGCUCGCUUCCUUGUUAACCGCGUCGAAGAGAUGGAAAGAUAUCUUCAAGAAGAGUGAUAAGAAAACCCAGAGAAACCCGGAUGAGAAAGAGAAAGAAAAGAAGAAAGAGAAGAAGAGUCAGACCGGAGUGAGUUCGGCUUCAGCUGAGUUAAACAUCAACAUAUGGCCGUUUUCGAGGAGUAGAUCCGCCGGGAACGGCGGGACCCGACCCAGAAUGACGUUCGGAGCUCCGGGGACCCGAAAGGUGAGCAGCGCCCCUUGUUCCCGGAGUAAUUCAGCCGGCGAGUCGAAGUCCAGGAAGUGGCCAAGUAGCCCGGGUCGGGCGGGUGUCCAUCUGGGUCGGAGCAGUCCCGUUUGGCAGGUACGGCGGACGGGCUCGGUUCCCAAGAACCCCUCAUCCGAACCUGUGGUUCGGAACGGUGAAAAACCGAUCGGUAAAAAAGACGUUACCGAGAGUCGCAAUAGUAAAACGGGGAGUGGCAGUAUAAAUGCCAAGGUAUUGAAUUUGAACGUGCCAACGUGUAUAGGUUACCGUAGCCGCUUGAGCUGCGGGAGUGACGUCGGCAGCGCCAUACAAGUGAGUGGCAAUAGCAACAUCAGUGGUGGAAAUAGCAAUAUUGGUAAUACUUCCACUAAUGUUGGGAAUACCAGUGGCGGUAAUAAUUUGUUCAGUCUGCGUAAUUUUUUCACUAAGAAGGUUUAUUGAUUGUGUUAAAUGUCUAAAUUAACCCUUUUGGUAAUUUUUUGUUUGCUUUAGUUUUAAGGGUAUUAUUGUUAUUAUCAUUAUAUGGGUUAAUUUUGUGUUUAUUUUGUAAAAAAGAAAUAGUAGUUUAUUGGCUUUACAUGUAAUUUACUUAUUUAGUAGAAAUGUAAAUAUUUGGAGCCUUUUGAAA